AUGUCUGGCGCAAGGGCAAUCCAGACGGCUAGACCAGGAAAUUCAAUAUGGCAGGAUGUACCAGAAGAUGCUUUUCGCCGAAGGAUCGUUGCACUUUCUGCAGCGACGAAAGGUGUGCCGGGUGAUUCGAAAUACUCGGGAUCACGGUCAGCCAGUACUCAAGACUUGCCUGCUUCGACUGGGUCUCAGAUCUUGUCCUACAAGACCGAGCAGCGUCUCGCAGAUGAUUUUGCAUUCAUUUUGGCAGCCCAGGAUGAUGCUGAGAGUGUGACUGCAGUCUGUAUCGAGGAGCUUCACGAGCAGCCGGGUCUUAUCAUACGAGUCGCUGGGGAUGGAGAAGUGCCAGAAGAGAUCAAGAGUACGCUCGAACAAAUUUGCGAAUGCCUAAUGUCUUGCGCCAACAGCAAUAUCCACCUCGAGGAGUGUAUUUCAACACUGUCGAAACUGAUAUUGAGUCUUUCACAGGAGCGCAUUCUAUCCCGCAUGCGAUUAUUUCUCGGGGAACGGCCUGCUUCUUCUGUUCCACGUAGGAGGGAUUCAGCAAGCUCGUCCAGCUCUGAAAGGGCUUUAGCCCGAAUGCAAGCUGCCGCUUCUACUCCCGCUGCCAUCGAUCUCGUCAGAAGACUAUCCGACCUGAGGAGAAUGUUUGAAAAUGCCCUCCGCUCAGACAAUUCACAACUGGAGUGGGAGCUGCAGAAUGUUGUCAUGGAGAGUUAUGCCAUCACCACCGCCGAGGGACAAAUGCCAUUCCGGAUGAAUCUGGAGAAUGCGGAGCUGAGUCCUCAAGAAUGGUUCAACAACAAGUAUAUUACGCAGAUCGACAAACUUGGCGCAUAUCACCGAAUCCCACAAACCAUGGCCAGGGAAGCUCGCAGAAGGAAGACGCGGCAUCUAUUCUCAAACAUCAAAACACGGUACAUCGGCCCCUACGAACCUAAAAUGAGCUCGAUAUCCCUUACAGGGAAAGAAGUCCUUUGCCAUGUUCACGCGGAAAUACAGUUGAUUGUACAUUACCUACUCUCACCAACCCCGAUACUGCCCCGAUUCAUUGGUACCAGCAAGGAAACAUGCUUCUUGUGCCACCUAUUUAUUAAAAGGCUUGGUACUUUCGUUGCCACAGCUACACAUGGACGACUGUACGAUCAGUGGACUAUUCCAGAUCUAGCAGAGUACUCCCCUGGACAAGUAACGGCUCUAAGGACGGUGAUACGGAGAAUGAAUCGCGAUUGCUCACUCUUGGGAAGGAAAAAGCACCCGCGGCGUGGUCAUCAUCCUCUCACGAGCAGGCAGAAUUUGUACGAAAUGCCUACGUUCUCGCCGUUGUCUACACUAUUGAGCGCGAGAUUCGACACGCAGUCAAGUUUGCUGCCGCCCGCAGAUGCCAAUAGUGAAGGUUCUAGGAGCUCUUCAGUUCAUCAUUCAAGAGCUUCGGUGGUGUCGGGAAGUCCAGCUCAUAGCAAUGACAGAUCCCCACCACAGACGGACGGGGAGACGACUACGACCACAGAUUCUUGGUGGAACGAAAGUCUCAAGACAGGAACUCGAACCAACGCGGGAAGUGGAACAACAAGCAGGUUUGCGCCUCAAGAAGACCCAGUCCUGAGCGAUACCCACUCUGAAGGCACUGUUACUAGCUCGACCCUCACAUCGAAUAGCCGCGGUCCGAUAUAUGUCAGCCCAUACAGGCCCUACCUCAUCAACCUUCCGGACUUGGAGGUCGUGGUGGAGAUCCAGCCACCUCGUAAUGGGACGGUAACCUUGAGCACAGGCGGCGAAAUCGAUAAGAGCACGGCAAGCCACCUGGUCAAACUCGAAGACCUCCAGGCAGGUGACGAGGUGAACUUUCGGCGUUCCGAGAAUGAAACGACAGUGGUGUUGUGUCUGCAACAAGGCGGUGGCGACCUCUGCUGUAUCGCUCUGGAAUGGACAUGA